GGGUUGGGUCGUGGUCCUUGGGUCGUUUGGCGAGUGUAUCAGCUGAUUAUUCUGCACCGUUGAAUAAGAAUGACGUGAUGAGGCAUUUGCAUGCCAAUGUGCACUCCUUGAUGUUAAGAUAUUGAGGUGCAGGACUCAAGGUACUGUGUAUAACUGAGUCUUUGGAACUGGAAACAAUGACAGUCAACAUCAGAAGACUAUGGCCCAAAGUGUAUAAGAUUGGAUGGGUGAAAUGCUUGUUUGUGGUGGGAGUCGUCUUAAUAGUAUUCUUCUUGUUGCAAAAGAAAGAAGAAGGCCACUCGAACCAAGGGCAUGCCCGUUAUUCCUGGGGCUCUGUGCACAAAGUUAAAGCGGUCUCCUCAUCUCCUCCAGGCCACGCCCGUUUUUCCUGGGGUUCUGCGGACAAAGUUAAAGUUCAUGCAGAGGACAGUGUCGCUCAAGGACUACAUAAAAAAAUUCGUAUUUUGUGUUUGGUAAUGACCUUGAAAGAGCAUGAAGAAUCGCGAGCUCUUGCCGUCAACCAGACCUGGGGACAGAGAUGUACCAAGCUACUAUUCGUCACCUCGGACAUCAUGGCGGAUCUUCCAUCAUUGGUCUUAAAUGUUCAAGAUGGUAGAGACCAUUUGACUGCCAAAACUAUGGCCAUGUUCAAAUUUGCUUUCAAACAUUAUUUGGACCAGUUUGACUGGUUUCUUAAAGCAGAUGAUGACGCGUUUUUCGUAAUGGAGAAUUUGCGAUAUUUAUUGUCAUUCCAUGACCCAUCAAAUAAAGUUUAUGUGGGACAUCACUUCAAGAGAUAUGUCGACAGUGGAUAUAUGAGUGGGGGAGCAGGUUAUGCAAUAAAUAAAGCCGCCUUGAGACAUUUCGGCCAAAAUUCAAAUUUAUGUGUAACUGAUGGUUGGGGGGAAGAUAUUGACUUCGGAAGGUGCAUGGAGGCAAUAGGGGUACAGUGUUACCAGACCAAAGACAUCCUCGGGAGAAACAGCUUCCAUGGCCUCGGCUUCGACGAGACAAUGUACUGGUUUGAUAAUAUCAAGCUCCACGCCGUCCAAGUAAAAGAACCAAUACAUAUUGGUCCAUCCUGUUGCAGCCAACUCUCCGUCAGCUUCCACUACAUCUCGCCACAACAGAUGUAUCAGUUUGAGUUCCUGCUGUACCGCAUGGCCGUGUAUGGGAGACACACCCCUGACCACAUGUUUGAAGACUUCUUCCCAGCAGCCACAAUACCAGAGGGACAUUACACAGAAGACCCCAUUCCUCGCUUUUCUUGAACCAUUUGUAAAAUGCAUUACAGAAGUAACGACCUAAAGAGCAUAUACCACUCACCAUUGGCUAGGGACCAAAUCGUCUUCUUUUCUUUCAAGUAUUGUCCUUAGCAAAUGUUGAAUAGUAUAUAUGGUAUUAAGCUACAUCAGUGAGUGAGUGAGUGAGUGAGUAUUGUUUUACGCCGCUUUUAGCAAUAUUCCAGCAAUAUCAUGAUGGGGGACACCAGAAAGGGGCUUCACACAUGGUUCCCAUGUGGGGAAUCAAACCCGGGCCUUUGGCGUGACAAGAAACGCUUUAACCACCAGGCUACCUGACCGCCCCUUAAGCUACCUCAACAUGUCUGAGAAAAUGGUGUGGCAUUUAUCCUUUUAUAUGCAGUCAUGAUCUCGGUUUAAUACUAACACAACUUUUGGAAACUAGUGCCGACAGACAUCCUUUUCGGUACACUUAGUAACAAUCUGUGAUUAGUUUCCAACUUUUCCCCAACUGUUAAACAUAAAUUUUGGACCUAAAAAAGGGAAAAAGGGUCCAUUUAUAGCUUGUAUAUAUGUAUUGCUUUAACGAUAGGUAGGUUGUAUCAAUAUAAUGAUGCCCGUGAAGAUCGGGGGUAGAAUAGGUCUUCAUCAACCUAUACUUGCCGUAAAAUGCGACCAUGCUUGUCGUAAGAGGCGACUUAAAGGGAUCGGGGGGUUAGGCUCGCUGA